GCUGCCGCCGCCGCCAUUCUCAUCCGGGGCCUACGCGGGUAGGUGGUGCCCUAUAUCACGUGACGAUGCGUGGCGGCGCGACCGCCAUCUUGUGUUGUUGGGACUGAGGAAUUGCUUCGGCUGUGAGAGAUUCUCCGUCCGGGAUCGCAGGUUAACACUUCUAAAGAGGAGUAGAAAAGAAGAAAAUGGCAGCGGAAACUCAGACACUUAACUUUGGGCCUGAAUGGCUGCGAGCUCUAUCCAGUGGUGGGAGCGUGACUUCGCCUCCCCUUUCUCCCGCUUUGCCAAAGUACAAACUAGCAGAUUAUCGCUAUGGGAGAGAAGAAAUGUUAGCACUUUUCCUAAAGGAUAAUAAGAUACCUUCAGACCUCCUGGAUAAGGAGUUUCAGCCUAUUUUACAGGAGGAGCCCCUGCCACCACUGGCACUUGUGCCUUUUACAGAAGAAGAACAGAGAAAUUUCUCCAUGUCUGUAAACAGUGCUGCUGUCCUGCGGUUGACGGGACGAGGCGGAGGAGGAACGGUGGUAGGGGCUCCUCGAGGUCGAAGUUCCUCUAGAGGUCGAGGUAGAGGCCGAGGAGAGAGUGGUUUCUACCAAAGAAGUUUUGACGAAGUGGAGGGUGGAUUUGGGCGAGGAGGAGGCAGGGAAAUGCACAGAUCUCAGAGCUGGGAGGAAAGGGGAGACAGACGGUUUGAAAAACCAGGGCGAAAAGAUCCAGUGAGACCAAAUUUUGAGGAAGGUGGGACAACAACAACAGGGAGGAAACACGAGUUUAUUCGCUCUGAGAGCGAGAACUGGCGCAUCUUCAGGGAGGAGCAAAAUGGGGAAGAUGAUGAUGGAGGCUGGAGACUGGCUGGGCCACGAAGGGAUGGUGAGAGGUGGCGUCCUCAUAGUCCAGAUGGUCCUCGUUCUGCAGGCUGGCGAGAACCUAUGGAGAGACGGCGAAGGUUUGAAUUUGAUUUCCGAGACCGGGAUGAUGAGCGGGGUUACCGACGAGUGCGGUGCGGCAGUGGCAGUAUGGAAGAUGACAGGGACAGUCUCCCUGAAUGGUGCUUGGAAGAUGCAGAAGAAGAAAUGGGAACAUUUGACUCAUCUGGGGCUUUUCUCUCAUUAAAGAAGGUUCAGAAGGAGCCAAUCCCUGAGGAACAGGAAAUGGAUUUCCGACCUGUGGAAGAAGGUGAGGAACCUUCUGACUCUGAAGGGGGUCAUGGUGAAGAAGCCAAAGAGCUUGAAAAGACAACCAAGAGGGAGGGGGAUAAAAGAGAUACAAUAACUGCAGAGGCAGCAGAAGAAGCAGUCAGAGCAUCUUCGCCGUCUACCCGGUCAGGUACUCCUCCAAAACUCCAGCCACAAGAACCACUACAGGCCAGUCUAUUUGAGCGGAAGGAAGAGUGUGUCCCAGAACGAACAGAAAAAAUGGAAGAUAAAGAGAAUCAAACGGCCAACACUCCGCCAUCCAAAGUGCCCAGUAGAGGAGAAGAUCUGACUCCUGCUGUUCAACCUUUGCCACAGAUCUCUCCAGCUACAGUUUCUCCUGUUCAUCUUUCUCCUCCUCUUUCCAAUACAAAUCCUGCUCUAAAGCCACUUCAGACAUCAGUCUCAGCUGCUCCAGGCAUGGGCAACAUUCCUGCUGAUCCAGAUGAUGAAGAGGGUCUCAAACACUUAGAGCAGCAGGCAGAGAAAAUGGUGGCAUAUCUGCAGGACAGUGCAUUGGAUGAUGAGAGACUAGCAGCAAAACUUCAAGAGCACAGAGCAAAGGGUUCCUCCAUGCCAUUACUCCAUGAAGCCAUGCAGAAGUGGUACUACAAGGAUCCUCAAGGAGAAAUUCAGGGUCCCUUCAGUAACCAGGAGAUGGCAGAGUGGUUCCAGGCUGGGUAUUUCACUAUGUCCCUGUUAGUAAAGAGAGCAUGCGAUGAGAAUUUCCAGCCACUUGGAGAUAUCAUGAAAAUGUGGGGCAGGGUUCCCUUCACUCCAGGUCCAGCACCACCUCCACAUCUGGGCGAGAUGGACCAGGAGCGACUAACUAGACAACAAGAACUUACGGCACUGUACCAAAUGCAGCACCUCCAGUACCAGCAGUUUUUGAUACAACAACAGUAUGCACAGGUGUUGGCACAGCAGCAAAAAGCAGCCCUCUCAUCCCAGCAGCAGCAGCAACUGGCUCUCCUCUUACAACAGUUCCAGGCCCUGAAGAUGAGAAUAUCUGAACAGAACCUGAUGCCGUCUGUAACAAGGUCUGUGUCAGUGUCGGAUGCUAGCUCAGUUUGGGAGCUUCAGUCAACAGCCUCACAGCCCACAGUUUGGGAAGGAAGCAGUGUCUGGGAUCUCCCCGUUGAUACUGCAGCUCAGGGACCUGCUCUAGAACAACUUCAGCAGCUCGAGAAGGCAAAAGCUGCGAAGCUAGAGCAGGAGAGGAGAGAAAUGGAAAUGAGGGCCAAACGAGAAGAGGAAGAGAGAAAAAGACAGGAGGAACUUCGAAGACAACAGGAGGAGCUACUUAGGAGGCAACAGGAGGAAGAGAGGAAACGCCGAGAAGAGGAGGAGCUGGCGCGAAGAAAGCAGGAGGUGACAGUGAGAGCUGAGAAGGGUGAAGCUGUAGACUUAUUCUGCAUGGACUUCAGGAAGGCUUUUGAUACAAUACUGCAUAAAAGACUAGUAUAUAAGGAAGAAGCCCUGAGGCGGCAGAGAGAGCAGGAAAUUGCACUAAGACGACAGCGGGAGGAAGAGGAACGACAACAACAGGAGGAAGCACUUAGAAGAUUGGAAGAGAGGAGAAGAGAAGAAGAGGAAAGACGACAGCGAGAAGAGUUGCUUCGUAAACAGGAAGAGGAGGCUGCCAAAUGGGCACGUGAAGAAGAGGAGGCCCAGCGUCGACUAGAGGAAAACCGGUUGCACAUGGAAGAAGAGGCAGCCAGACUACGGCUCGAAGAGGAAGAGCGAAAGCGCAAGGAGCUGGAACUUCAGCGCCAGAAGGAAUUAUUAAGACAAAGGCAGCAGCAACAGGAGGCCCUGCGCCGGUUGCAGCAGCAGCAACAGCAGCAGCAACUUGCACAGAUGAAGCUCCCUUCUUCUUCAACAUGGGGCCAGCAAUCCAGCUCAGGAGCAUGUCAGUCCCAGACCACAUUGUCAUUGGCAGAAAUCCAAAAGCUUGAAGAAGAGCGAGAACGGCAGCUGCGAGAGGAGCAAAGACGUCAGCAGCGUGAACUGAUGAAAGCCCUCCAGCAGCAGCAGCAGCAACAGCAGCAACAAAAAAUGUCAGGUUGGGGUAAUGUCACCAAGCCAACAGGCGCUACCAAAUCUCUCUUGGAAAUACAGCAGGAAGAGGCGAGGCAGAUGCAGAAGCAGCAGCAGCAACAGCAGCCGAACAGAGUCCGCAGUACUACGCAUUCUAACCUGCACAGCAGCAUUGGGAAUUCAGUGUGGGGCUCUCUAAACACUAAUCCCACCAGCCAGUGGGCAUCUGAUCUAGUCACCAGCAUCUGGAGCAAUUCUGACACUAAAAACUCAAAUAUGGGGUUCUGGGAUGAUGCAGUGAAGGAAGUGGGGCCUCGUAACUCAACCAAUAAAAACAAGAGCAAUGCCAGCCUCAGUAAAUCUAUAGGAAUUACGAGCAGACAGAACAAGAAGGUGGAAGAAGAGGAGAAGCUGCUGAAGUUGUUCCAAGGGGUUAAUAAAGCCCAGGAUGGAUUCACUCAGUGGUGUGAACAGAUGCUACGUGCACUCAACACAGCGAACAACUUGGAUGUUCCCACGUUUGUUUCUUUCCUGAAGGAAGUGGAGUCCCCAUACGAGGUCCAUGAUUACAUCAGAGCCUACCUUGGAGAUACCCCUGAGGCUAAGGAAUUUGCCAAGCAGUUUCUAGAGCGCCGUGCCAAACAAAAAGCCAGUCAGCAGCAGCAGCAGGAUUCAGUGUGGGGGAUGAACCAUAGCGCACUGCAUUCCGUCUUUCAGACCAAUCAGAGCAACAACCAGCAAUCCAACUUUGAAGCUGUGCAGAGUAGCAAGAAAAAAAAGAAACAGAAAAUGGUUCGAGCAGAUCCCAGUUUGUUAGGAUUUUCAGUGAAUGCCUCAUCAGAGCGGCUCAAUAUGGGAGAAAUAGAGACUUUGGAAGACUACUGAUCUUGUGCAGAUUGACCGGCUUUUCCUGUGUCUGUUAACCAUGGAUUCUCCACCUUUGGACACAGUACUUUCUCCAACUUGCAUUUUUCUUCGCCUUGCAGUGACUUACAGAAUCAAUCAUCUCAGGCUGCUUCUUCUAGCCCCAACAAAAUCUUUCUGCCGCAGGUUGCGCAGUCAUUGUCGUCUCUGUCAGCCUAUAGACAUAUGGACUUUGCUCUGUCUCCUAGGUGGGUGGGAGAUAGGAUCCAUUCCCAAAACAGUUGACUGCAGGCAGCAAGCGUUCACUGUGCUGUCAUUUCUUCUGCUGACUUAUCUGGAAAGUCUACUGGGAUUCUGCAAAUGGUAUCUUCCUUUCCCCGGUCAUGCUUAUCACAUCCAACUUGUGCAAUCAUGGAGAGAGUUUGUGGUUAACAGAGAUUGGUCAAAACCAAAAUGCCACACAGAUACUGACUUCAGUGCUCCAUCAGGACAAGAGAUGCUCUCCAAAUCCAGGAGUUGCAAUCAUAAGCUAACUUUAGAACUGGCAACAGCAGGAGAGGGUGGUGGUGGGCGGAGUUUAACUUGGAUUGGUUUGAUAUUGCACACCCCCUGCCAGCCCCUCUCAGCACAUUAAUUUUGGAGGGAAAGCUUGAGUCUGUCUUCAUUAGGUAGUGAUGAUAGUUGCUGGAGUUCUCCCGCCAGCAACCUCCAGCCUUCCUGGACAAAUGGGAAUGUAUAAUGGGGGCGGGGGAGGGUGUAUUUCUUCUGUUCAGGUUGAAAUUACUUCCUUAAAUAUUACCUUCAUAGGGAUAGGACCAGUUUAUUGGAGGCCCUUCUGCUGUGAAUUUGUCUCGUUUAAGAGACAGCUAAAGUCUUGGGUGGGGAAGGACUUUACUUUCCAAACAAGUGUCCCCCACAGUCUCAGCUGGGUUCCAAUGGCAGUGAUUCAGUUUUGUGUUCCAAUAGCAUGCAAGUUAAAGGGCAGAGACUGUCCUCUUCAUAAUGGAAUGAGAUUAAAAGAGAACCUGCCUGUAGGCAGCAUCUGAAUUCCUAUAACCAUGGAGAGGGGGAAAGUGAGCUGUGAGGCAAUGGCACUGAUUCCCUUCUACAACUUCAAUUACUGAACAUCCCUUCACUUCCAAUCCAUAAUAAUUAAAUAUUUAUGUAAUCCCAGCUUUCCCUGCAGAAGUUUAAAAAAAACCCCAAAACUGCAAAAUGCACUUAAUUUGCGCCCCUCUCCCCUCCCCCCCAAUCCCACCUCCCAUUCCUAGAGGGCUGCAGUGUGCCUGUGGGGGGGAGAGGCUGCUGUUUGGGUGGAGUGUGUAAAGGUGUCUGUCUGUCUUUCUGUCAUCACUGCCUGAAGAAGGCUGCUUGAGUUGCUCCAGAGCAGUUUGGCUUUGGGUUUUAUUUCAUUUGAUUUAUUCAUUUUUGGGGGGGUAAUCUUCCCCUCUUCCUCCUCCCCACCCCAAACAUGUACAGUAACUAUACAGAGACUGCUGCAGACUUGUAUAUAGUUUUUGGAUCUAAUAACACGGAGAGACUUGGAACUGUUCCAAAUCUGGUCUCCCUGUCUCCUUUGCUUUGUAAAGUCAUAAAGGGGUGGAAGAGGGGUAGUUAAAAUGUUUACAGAACUUUAAACUCCCUCUGAACUUUUGCCAGUGUGCGGGGGAGAAAAAAGAGAAAUAAAACCUGGUUGUAUUAUA